GGUUCGGAAUCGGGUCCACAUGAGAAGCUUCUUCUCAACAAUUUGCUGGCUGCUUACAAUGUCCUGGAGAGACCCGUUGCCAACGAGUCAGAACCCUUGGAAGUUAAAUUCGGCCUAACUUUACAGCAAAUUAUUGAUGUGGACGAGAAGAAUCAACUCCUAAUAACAAAUAUUUGGCUUUCUUUGGAAUGGAAUGACUACAACCUACGAUGGAAUGAAUCUGACUAUGGAGGAGUUAAGGACUUGCGGAUCACUCCCAACAAGCUAUGGAAACCUGACGUGCUUAUGUAUAACAGUGCUGAUGAGGGUUUCGACGGGACUUACCAAACUAAUGUUGUGGUCAAACAUAACGGCAGCUGCUUGUAUGUCCCACCCGGUAUCUUCAAGAGCACAUGCAAGAUAGACAUUACGUGGUUCCCAUUUGACGAUCAACAUUGUGACAUGAAGUUUGGUAGCUGGACCUAUGAUGGCAAUCAGCUGGAUCUUGUGCUUAAUUCCCCGGAUGGAGGCGAUCUAUCUGACUUUAUAACGAACGGCGAAUGGUACUUAAUUGGUAUGCCAGGGAAGAAAAACACCAUUGUUUACCAGUGUUGUCCAGAACCAUAUGUGGACGUGACAUUUACUAUCCAGAUUAGAAGACGAACACUGUACUACUUUUUCAACUUGAUCGUGCCAUGUGUACUGAUUUCUUCAAUGGCUCUCCUAGGUUUUACAUUGCCACCGGAUUCUGGAGAAAAACUGACACUAGGAGUGACCAUCUUGCUAUCGUUGACUGUGUUCCUGAACCUCGUGGCUGAAACCUUGCCCCAAGUAUCUGAUGCCAUUCCCUUGUUAGGAACAUAUUUCAACUGUAUUAUGUUUAUGGUGGCUUCUUCGGUGGUACUUACAGUUGUGGUACUCAAUUACCAUCAUCGUACCGCUGACAUUCAUGAGAUGCCUCAAUGGAUAAAAUCAGUCUUCCUACAAUGGCUGCCAUGGAUUCUAGGGAUGAGUCGACCAGGCAAAAAGUUAACCCGCAAAACAAUCAUGAUGAACAGUCGAAUGAAGGAACUGGAAUUGAAAGAGCGAUCUUCAAAGAGUCUUUUGGCGAACGUGUUAGACAUUGACGACGAUUUCCGAAACGUAACAGGUACUACCAGUACUAGCAGUGCUGGAAACAAUUCUAAUUUGAAUCCGAAUCUAGGAGCAGGAUUUAUAAGACAUCCUACGACAAUAGAAGAAGCCAACAUUGCCAGUGGUGGCAGCUUUCAACGAGAUCUCCAGCACAUCCUUCGAGAACUACAGUUCAUUACGAAUAGAAUGAAGAGAGCAGAUGAAGAAGCUGAAGUAAUUAGUGAUUGGAAGUUUGCGGCUAUGGUAGUAGAUAGAUUCUGUCUCAUAAUAUUUACGUUAUUUACAAUCAUCGCUACAGUUGCCGUGCUAUUUUCGGCACCUCACAUCAUUGUCCAAUAG